AUGGAUAACGCUCUACAGUCGCUCACAAACACGCUCGACGCCAUCAACUCGCGUCAGGCCGCUGCACGCAAGCGAGCCAGGAAGGGCGCCGAUGCCACCCCUUUCACCUCGGCCGUACUGAACCGCGAACGUCUCGAGAUCUACACCUACAUUCGUGACGCCGAUCACCGCACUGAAGCGAGCCUCUUCUGGUAUCCUCCGCUUCCCCAAUCCGCUUCCACCUCUCGCGCUGGUCCCAGUGGCACCAGGUCGGCUCACGUCCCCAACGCUCGAGUCAAUGGUGCAGACGAUGCCAAUGAGGCAGACCUCCUCCUCGCUCCUCGUCUGCCCGAACCUCGCCAAGUCCAGCCUCCUACUCCCUUGCGCAACCAGACCAUCUCCAACAAGCAGUCUUUCCAGUCCCAGAACGAACAGAGCGUCGAUCCCCGCGUUCUGCUCCUCGCAGCCCAGCGUCUCAACGACACGUGCGGUAAGGGCUCCAGAACGCGCAAGCACAUCAGAGGUCUCAUCAAGACGCAUGCUAUGCUCAACGAGGACAUCAAGAACUACGAGAAGCAGAUCCGUCAGAGCGAGGCCGACCUUCGUGCCACUGCAGACGGCAAACUUUUGCCAUCAUCGCAGCUCCCCUCCGCCGACACCGACCUCGCACGCGCUUUGGCCUCCCAAUCUGCUAACGAUGAGCUCAACGCGCAUCUCUCGUCCGUACAGGAAAGAAUUCAGAAGGAAGAGCUCGAGAUUCUCGCUCUAGAGGAGAUGAUCGAAGAGCUCCGUCAAGCGCGCUCCGAGUGGCAGAAGCAAGAGCUCGACCGUCAACAGAGGGCUCAGGCUGACGCAGAGGCUAGCAGGAGGCAACCUCGUGAGCACACCCCUCAACGUGCUUUCCCACGUGCCUCCCUCGCUCGAGCGCAACACUCAGACGACACCACCCAGCAGUCUCCCCAUCAGGCUGCCAGCAUCGCUGACGACGACGUCCAGCAAAACUCUUUGGACAACACCAUCGACAUCACUCAACGCACCCAAGACGAUGAGGAUCACGAGCAAGAUCAGAUACAGCAGCUCAACUUCGACUCACAGACUCGCGACGCGGUUGAUGAGCACGACCAGUCCGCUAUCAGCGUGGCGCAACCGCUGGACGACGUUUCCGUUUCUCAGUCAUUCGACGAUCCCGCCGACCUCACCAUCCAGCGUUCUCGCGAGCCAGAAACCCACGAGAUCAGUCAUGCCGACGUCGCAGACACAUCGGCGGCCAUCGAUCCCGUCCCAGCUCAGGAGCCAGUAGUGCCUGCUGCUUCACCGCCGCACAAGCAGCCAUCGCACCUACUCGCCACUGCCGAGCACAGCAGCGACGAGCUCGAGCGCGUCACCAACAAGGUCUGGGAGGUCUUCGGAGAGGCUCUUCGGUCCGUCGUACCAGAGCGCGAGAGCGCCGACUACUUUGACACUCUGGAUGCCUUGAAGUCGCUCAUGAGCGGCGGCAACGCACCCAACGCUGGUGACUAUUCCGUGGGAUCCGUGCAGACCUCCUCCACCUUGUCGAGCGCCGCAAGCGAGGCGUCGGCCGCGGUGGCAGCGCAGCUGACCCCCGAGGUGCUCAUGACCGCCUUCGUCAUCUUCCAGAUGCUCGUCUCGCCAGAACCGCACCGCAUGAACAUCGACGAGCUCAAACUACGCGGUCACGAAUGGUGGUCCACCGCCGGAAUGCAGGUCUGGCUGCACGCGCAAUCGCACGACGGCAACGACGUGGCCAGUCGCGCCGAAGCAUUUGAAGACGGUCAGAACUUGGCGAGGAAAGCCACGUACGGGAUGAUCUCGAAGCAGCUGUUUGCCAUCAAGCGUCAAAAGGGCGUCGGCCUGGUAGGCUUUGCUUGA